AUGACUGUCAAUACCGACGGUACGACUGCAGGCUCUCCUACACCUCGCGACCCGAAGGCGUUCCCUAUUGACGAGAGAGCCUUCAAACGCCUCAAACCCGAAGACCUCCAAUUCAUUAAGAACUUGACUGGUCUCACGGACGACGAAGCCCUUGAGAAGCAUGUCGUGAGCUUGCAGAAGGAGGCAUAUGAGAUAUACCCUUACCAGUGCAUCCGAUUCUACUCAUUUGCAACGACGAGAAUACCGCUUGUACCAAAUUAUGCCCAUGUCGUGAAACUUGGACAGGAACGCGAAGAUGCUAUUCUCCUUGACGUUGGAUGCUGCUUCGGAUCGGAUAGCCGGAAAGUCGCUGUAGACGGAUGGCCGGCAAAGAACAUCGUCGCCACUGACAUUCACGGAGAUUAUUGGAACCUGGGUCACAAACUCUUCCGAUCUAGCCAGGAAACCUUCCCUGCAACCUUCCUCGCAGGGGACUGCUUGAAUCCGGAUUUCGUCGGGGACUCUUCUCCCCUCAAGUCCGGAGGGCCAGCUGAGGUUCCGAGGCCGACGCUCUCAACGCUCACGACACUCGCGCCUCUCCGUGGACAUGUCUCCGCGAUCCACAUCGGCAACGUCUUUCAUCUAUUCACUGAAGAGCAGCAGGCCUACCUCGCGCGAGUCCUCGCUGGGCUGCUGUCCUUUGAACCAGGAUCGAUCAUUGUUGGCUCUCACAGUGCAAGCAACGUGAAGGGUUUCAGAACCUCCUUCUAUGGAGGGAGCGCGAUCACCCAGUUCUGUCACUGCCCGGAGAGCUGGACGGCAUUGUGGGAUGGAGAGGUGUUCGAGAAGGGCACGGUCAAGGUUGACACGAAAUUAUACGAGCACAAGGACGCACUUGGGGCCGGUAGUGGGUUUUACGGCUUGUCCUGGUCCGUAAUGAGGGUCUGA